UGUUUAUGUUUACAUGAGUGUGAAUGCAGCUGACAGUUGUCAAUUUUCAAAUUUUUAAACAAAUAAAUAAAAUUUGAAAAGAGCCGGAUAAUUGAUAAAUAAUUAAAAAAAUUAUUGUUACUGUAAAAUGCCGCCAAAAGCAGCUAAAGAGACUGUGGUGUUUGUAACCAAUGUUGGUGUCUGUGUUGAUGGUAAAGUUGACAAAGAAUUUAUAGAAAAUGCUAAAAUUGCAAUGCAGCGUGUCAUUGAAAAAAAGAUUUUUAUAAGACCUAAAGAUGAAGUUGGAGUAAUACUGAUGGGUGUUGAAGAUGGUACCAAUCCUUUGGAAUUGUGUCACAUUGAUAAUUAUGUUGAUAUUCAAAUACCAUCAUUUGAUGUAAUUACAAAGGUACGUGAUAUUGAGCCAACGGAAAUGGUUUUUAAAAAUUGGAUUUCUGGAUUACAAGCUGCUCUUGAUUUAAUAUCACGUCAAGUUGAAAAUUUAUGCCGUAUUACAAUCAUUUUACUAACUGAUUGUUAUCCAACGAAUCCAUUUCGUGAAUCUACUAAAGAUGAUUUGAUUAAAAAUAUUACUGAUAAAGAAAUUAAUUUCUUGUGGAUAGGAAGCAAAGAUUUAAAUGAAGAAAAUGAAGAAAAAUUAAAUCACAGUGAGCGUAUGCUGAUGGAUUUGACUAAAAAAGUUGAAGGAGAAUAUAUGUCUUUUUCCUUUGUAUUACCAAAGCUAGAAUUUUAUGGCGCACAUAAAACAUCACCGGCUGCUUGGAAAUCUAAUUUAGAGAUUGGAGAUUUAAAAAUUCCUGUUGCGGUAUAUCUUAUAAUUAGUGAAGUUAAUUCUCUAGGCAAGUGGAACGAUGUCUCCGCUUCGGGUGAUCCUAAUCAUGGAGAAGAAUUGCAGCCAGUGUCGAAAAAACGCGCGUUAGCUGACCGCUAUCGAGAAGAAUACAAAAAUGAAGACACUGUAGAAGGUUACAUGUACGGAAGAAAAUUUAUUCCGUUUACUGAAGAAGAUUCAGCUGUUUUGAAGUUUCCGUCUGAAGAAAAGUCUUUCAAACUUUAUGGUUUCACUCCGGAAAAAUUUGUUAAGCUUGACCAUAGACAUGGAAAGAGAACUAAUAUCGUUCUACCUGUUCAAGGAGUAGAAGAAGAUUUUUUUUGUUUGGUAAAAGCAAUGGCUGAUUUAAAACGCGUUGCCCUUGUUCGCAAAGUUCAUAAUAAAAAUUCUAGUCCUUCAAUGCAUGUUUUGUAUCCGCAAAUUGGUAACGGUGAUAAACCAUGGUGUCUUUUAAUGCAUGAAAUAAUUUACGCAGAAGAACGUAUAAUAAUAACGCCACGUUCUUAUGAAAAUGUACUUAAGAAUGUUACAAAAGAGCAAUGGGACUCUGUAGACAAACUUAUCGAUUUAAUGAUGCUCGGUAAAUCCACUAUUCCAGAGGAUAAAAACAAGACAUAUGAGCCUGGUGAAGUUGAAUCUCCAGAUCUCCAGUACAUGUGGAAUGUUCUUUCUUUACGAGCAUUAAAUCCCGAUGCACCAUUACCAGAACCCAGUUUGUCAGUAUUGAAGCCAAUUUUACCGCCCGAGUGGAAUGAUCCAAGUAAAAUAGCAGACUGUAUUACUGAUAUCGCCAGUUCAUUCGAUUUGAACCAAGAACCAGAGCGGCUAGCUGAUGAACCUGUUGAUAUAAUCACCGCUACUCAGAAAACUCAACCGCCAACUUUUAAACCCACUGCUGAGCCUGGAGAUUUUCUUCCUCGACCAAUGGACGUUGACUUGGACGCUCUUUUCACUGACUAAGAGAUCGUUGGACGAAUAUAAUUUCGCAACCAUUACAAGUACAAUUGUUAAUAUUGUUAUUGUUUUUUUUUACUAAAGAAUGAUAUUUUUUAACAUGAUAUUUAAUAUUCAUGUAAGUAUCCAUAUUUUUGAAUAAAUAAUUAUUAUAAAUGAUAAUGAG